AUGGUCCUUCGUUUGCUUGUGGCCGUGCAUUUGAUCGCUGCACUGGCUACAAGCCGCACAUUUUUCCAGCCAGACGAAUACUGGCAAUCUCUUGAAAUCGCGCACCGCAUCGUUUUCGGAUAUGGAUACCAAACGUGGGAAUGGAUGACAAGCAAGCCCAUCCGUAGUGUUGUAUAUCCUGCGAUGUUUGUGCCUUUGUACAAAGCUAUGCAAGCAAUGCACAUCGAUAACCCAUUCGUUUUUACUUCAGCACCUGCGAUUCAGCAGGCUUUGAUUACUGCCGUUGGCGAUUGGUUUGCCUUCCAUCUGGUUACUCGCAUCGCUGGACACCGCCUGGCGCUAGUUUGGAUCAUUGUGCAUCUUACUUCCUUGUACUGGCUUUACACGGCCUCACGUACAUUCUCCAAUACUUUCGAGGCAGCCGUUUGCAGCAUAGCCUUGUAUUAUUGGCCUCUGUCGCGUGCAGCUGUCAAUCAUCUGCGUGUGCCAAAAUCCAGUUGUGCCUAUCGCAUGGCACUAUUCGCUGCAUGGUUAGCCGUCUUGAUUCGUCCUACGAGUCUCGUCCUUUGGUCUUUCUUGGGCAUGCGCCUCGUGAACGAUGCUCUACAUUGCAAAUGUUUCUGGCGUGUUAUUCGCGAACCGUUAUGGAUUGGCUCACUUGUACUUGGCGCCGGGUUUUACAUCGACUCGAUGUAUUAUGACAGUUGGUCAUGGACCUCUCUCAAUUUUGUCCGAGAGAAUCUUUGGAAUAGCGUCUCAUCAUUCUAUGGCAUGAACUCGUGGCACUGGUAUUUUUCGGUCGGAAUGCCAUCCAUUGUGACCAUUCAUUUGCCCUAUGUUGCGAUCGGCUGGUGGCAUCGACGCGGUGUUCGGGACCCAGCAUCCGUCCUCACUCUAUUUCAGGCUUGUGUCUGGACGCUUUUGGUGUGUUCAUGUCUGCACCACAAAGAGACCCGUUUUCUCCAGCCCCUUGUUCCUUGGCUGCAUCUAGCUGCAGCUAUAGGUAUGGAGCCAUUGCAAUCAACCACAUCCGUGCGAGCUGCGUGGUCAGCAGUCCCUCGGUGGAUUCGUGCUCUCCUAUUUGUUCAAGUGCCAAUCGUUGCUACAUAA